UGGCGGACCGCCUUCCACGCGGCGCGCACAGCUCGCGUGCAGGUGCGCGAGCAGUGGGAGCCCCGAGCUGGGUCAGGCGACGAAGCUGGAGACGGUGGCGGGGCCGCUCGCUGCGCACGGCGCCCCGGCCGAGCUGGUCCUCCGCAAGGACAGCAUCCUCAGGAAAGGCGGCAGUCCUGUGCGCGGCGUGAUGCGGCCGCCGCCCACGGUGGACAUGUGCCCCGACCUGGACACGCUGGCCGAGCUCGGCGCCGCCGACGAGACGGUGCGCAUAGCCGUGCUCGGCAUGCAGGGCGUCGGCAAGUCAGCCAUCACGGUUCGCUAUCUGACGCAUCGGUUUAUCGGCGAGUACAAGUCAAACACAGAUAUGAUGUACCAUCAGGUGAUCAAGCUGGAUGGAUCAACGAUAAAAGUGGACAUCAUCGAUGUCUCAACUUCAGUCCAGAGCGGCGCACUGGUGCACAACAACAUCCGCAGCUGGGCCGAGGGCUUCCUGCUCGUGUACGCGGUGACCGAGCCCGACUCGUUCGAGCACGCGCGCCACCUGCUGGAGGAGCUUCGCCGGACGGGCGCCGGCCUACGCACGGCCCCGGUCCGCGACGGCUCCAAGAGCCCGGCCGGCCGCCGCAAGAGGGCGGCCACGCCGCAGCGGCCUGCCAGCGGGGACACCGGCGAGCCGACCGCGCCCACCAUCCUAGUCGGCAACAAAACCGACCUCAUCCACCUGACCAAGGUGGACUCGACGCUAGCCCUGGAGACGGCGCUCCGGCUGGGCUGCCAGCGCGAGGAGGUGAGCGCCUCUGAUUCGUCCGAGGAGAUCAGCGCGCUCUUCCACACCGUGAUCCGGCAGUGUCUGGCGCUGAAGCGGCGCCGCUCGGGCAUGGAUGCGCUGCGAAGCGCCUUCUCCAGCCUGCCACGCGCCGGCCGCGGCCAGGGCUCCGGCCUCCACACACCGCAGCCGGGCGCGCCCGCGCGCAAGUUCUCAGUCUUCGACGUGGGCCGCAAGCUGGGCAACUUCAUCUCGGGCGGCUCGCGGCCGCCCACGCCCGCGCCCAACAAGUUCACCACCUCCCCGCUGAAGACGUCCGUGCCCGACCUCAGCAAGGCCUCGCUCUCCGAGAAGCUGGACACGCUGAAGAAAACGGUGAAGAAGGUGUCCGUGUGA